CAAUCAUCACUCCUUCCCACUAUAGGAAGUGACAUCACAUGUUGACAGCGUGGUUGAGGCACGCCCACCCCUGAAAAUAAGGAGAGGGGAGAGGGCAUGAGAUAAACGGUGGUAGAUUCAGAGGCAGACAUCGGAUUGGCAUGGCUGUGUGCAGCUCAGCACUACAAUCUACAUCCACGAGGCUCCUGCCUGGACACUUGGAUUCUCUCCCACACAGCCUUGAUACGGUGCUGGACAGCGUAACGUUGAGCAGUGCUGUGUUUCCACAGCAUGCUGCAGGGCAUUGGGAGAUAGAGAGAGAAUAUUAAGGUGGAGGGAACAACCUUACCACACACUUGAGCGAUGUUCCGUGAGCUUCUCUCUCUCUCUUUUCAGACCAGCAGGCUUUUCCACACAGAGACCUGGGACUAAUGGAGGGAUGCAGCGAUGUUAAUCUUUGCUUGUCAUGCUUGAAUCACAGCUUCAUAUAUCCUUUUGUGUCAGAGACCUUAUUGUCUUUGUCUGUCACUGCCGCCAGACCAACUGUGGGGUAGUGUGGCGGACAGAGCCUCCUCCUCAACCCCCCUCUCCCUUGUCUGUGCCCCCGACUUCUCUUCAUUCCCGGCUCGUUCGUGUCUAUUUACCUCUCUUAAGCUACCCUCCCCUCUCUGUUGAGCUCGAUCUUGCUUGCUCUCCCGCUACCUCCUGCUUACUAUCUCCCUCUCUGUGCUCAUUCAAAGCAGGCAGGCUGCUAUUCUAUCCAAGCUGUUUGCUACAUGAUCUCUUGGAAAACAGUUUUCGCCGCUGCUCUGCCGUCUCAGAGUUCCUGAGCCCUGCCAGAUAUCUCCAUAACGAUAGGAUGCUCCUUCAGGAGGACUGAUCCCCUUUCACUUCCCCUUCACUCACCCCUUCCCCUCCCUUGUCCCGAUCUCCUGCCCUCUGACCCUCUCCCUCGUGUUCUCAACCCCCACCCACCCACUCCUAUUUGUCCUCACCCUGAGCCUCUUUCUCCCCUCACUCAUUUCACCCCCUUGACCAUGUUGCCAUGUGUCUGCUGGCUUCAGCUUAUCCUCAUCUUGCUGUCCUCUGUCUUAUGGACCCGGGGGGAAAACUGCCCAGCAACCUGCUUGUGCCCAGAUCCUCACACUGUGGACUGCAGCGGCCGUGGGCUCACCCGUCUACCCGAUGAGAUCCCCUUGGAUGUGCGCAGGCUUUUGCUGGCCGACAACUGGAUACCCCGCAUCCCCUCGGACUUCCUGGUUCUGUACAGUGACUUGGUCUACCUGGACCUUCGGAACAACUCCCUCUCCCACAUAGAACCAGGGACCCUUAGCACCUCUUCCAGGCUGGUCUUCCUGGACCUGGGCAGCAACAAUCUGACUGAAAUCCCCAAGGGAACUUUUGGGGAGUCCCGGAGCUUGAUCAAAUUAAGACUGGGAAACAAUCCAUAUCUGAGCAUGGUGAGUGAGGAUGCUUUCCUGGGCCUCACCUCCCUGAGAGAACUCGAACUGGAGCGUAAUGCGCUUUCCACCCUAAAGGUGGGGGCACUGAGUCAGUUGCCCUCCCUGCGGGUGGUGAGACUAGAGGGCAACCCUUGGGUGUGCAACUGCAACUUUGCCAACCUGUUUGCAUGGCUGAUGGAGAACAGCCACAAGCUUCCAAAUGGAGUGGAAGGCAUGGAGUGCUCCCUCCCGAUGGAUGGCAGACGUGUAUCCCUGACCCAGCUCUCCAAGGACAGCUUUCGGGAGUGCCAGGCCACUCUGACUCUAACAGACCUGCUCAUCAUCAUUUUCUCUGGCAUCUCAGUGUCUGUGGUGGCCAUCAUGACCAGCUUCUUCCUGGCUUCAACUGUUCAUUGCUUCCAGCGCUGGAGUAAAGGCACCAAAGGGGACGAGGAGGAGAGUGAGGAGUGAGAAGGAUUUUGUGUUUUUAAAGGGCCAGUGUGGUCCUGGUACUUCAAGCAAUGAGAGGACACGACGGCAGCGUGCACCCCCAUGCUGUUUGUUGCCUGGUAAAUAUCCAGGUCUGUUUAACGGUAGGAUCUUGCCCUGGUAUGGUUGCAGUUGUUUUCUUUGCACAUGGACAUCUGAAAUAUGGUGAUAAAAGACAUUCCCAAGGAAUGAGUCCCAUUAAAGGUUAGUGAGUGUGCUGCUCCACUCGUAUAAUGCUAUUAUAUUUUUGGCUGUGGGAGCCUGUGGUCAUCAUUCAUGGCUACUGGGUCACGGCUCGGUGUUAUAGGCUUACACAAAUGCAAGAAGGUCAACACAUUUGUAAUGAAAAAGAAAUAGAUUGCAAAAAAGAGCUGUUGCUAUAGUUCUGUCACGUUAGUCUUAGAAAAACCAAAAACUUAGCAAAAUCUACCAAUGUUGAACAUUUAACUCUGGAAUCUGAAAUCCUGUAAAGUGACAUCAAAGUUAAUGUGACCUUUUUGGAUGACUUUUUUUGGGCUAUAUCUGGGGAAGGUAGAAUCUUUAAUGUUGAUCCUAUUAGGGGGGGAAGGAUGACAUACCCACCAGUGACCUCAGUGUUUAACUGCCUAUACCAUGAUAUGCUGGCAUAUCCUGCCAUUUAUAGUCUUUUUUGGACAGCCUCACUCACUAACAUUAAAUAUUUGUUGACAAGAACUUAACAAGGCAAAUACUGCUGAUUCUUCAGUGUGUGAAAUUUAACAGUGACAGUGAGGUAAUUUCAACAAGAAGGAUUUGGGUACUGAUGUACUGCAGGCAUGAGGAGAUUCCAGUGGGUCUACACAUUCUUUCAGGAGUAUAUUCAAUAUAUAAUCACAAAUCUAUGUACAAAAGAGAACAAUGUACAGUCAAACAAACAUAGAAAUCAGCAGGAUAUACUGUAUAUCCUUUAGACUGAUAACUGUGAACUGUGUAGAAAGAAAUUCCAAACAUAUCCAUAGUAUAAUCUUGGAAAUUAUGGCAAAUACUGUAUUGAAAUAGAAUCUAUGUAGAAUUAUUGUGUCAAUUAAUGCACUUUAAUAGUGAACCUAAUUUUCGCAAAAGCCCCUAAUUACAUCAUGUAGACUGGUAGACUGGUCUUCAUCUGCCAAAGAUUAGGUUUAGGUUGAGGAGAGACUGCACAUAGGGACUUUGUUGUGGACGAUGUGUUAUUUAGUGAGGUAAGCAUAGCUCCCAAUUAGAUGCCGAAUCACACUCUGUAUACACACUUUGUACUCAAACAGUUCUGGUCUCCAAAGAUUUACAUUUUCUUCUGGUUUGUCUGUGAGUGAACCAUGUGUCUUACUUGGCUUCAUUCAUGAGAGUCUCUGGCCUGCGUUUUAACAAAAAAAUCACUUCAGAACAAAAAAAAAUCUGUACAAGGGUGGCAAACAAGAAUUUAGUUUCUGCAGGAGUAAAUGUCUGUUGUUGUCUUUAAGAUAUCCAUCAGCUUAUCAUCCUUUAACUGAAGAUCUAAACAUCUUUGCAGUAAAGCUGAUUUUCUGGAUAAGUCACAUGUCUAAACUCUUAUUGUAUCAACAGCAUCUGAAUUCACAGGAGUGUCAGCGCAGUACAUUCUAAAUUUAAUAAAUCAGUGCCCUAAAUAUUAUGGGUUUCUGUUUGUGAUUUGCAUUCUGUAUAUUUAAAUCCUUCAUGAGAGGGACUCGGAAUGCACAGAACUGGUCUCCCCACCUCUCCCCCUCCAAAAAACCCAAGGUAUAUUGUAUUCCUUCUCACAUUCUUGUAAGGCAUGAAUAAUUCAGUGAAACUGAGAUAUGAAGCAGAAAGAAUGUCAAGCCUCUAAAUGCAAACAAGCAGAGAAUAGAAAAAGAGCCACGAGUAAAUAGAGUCAUCGUUUUCUGUGUGGUUAACAAAAGAUAAAAAGGAAUUCCAAAUGCCUCUGUCCCUUUAGAACUAGUCAUAACCCUGAAUGUGCAGCAUUCGGAAGCACAUUUUGCAGAAAUGACAAAACAUAAAUGUGGCCUUAUUUGUUUUGUUGUUGCUGUUGUUGUUUUUCAUUUGUGUAGGCAUCAAUCAAUAAAAGCACGACAAUUUCACAGGAGACUAAUAUACUUGGGUACACUCUAUAAAAGGAAGUAUCACCAUCAUACUGUAUGUUGGUACCGGCCUGUAUGUUUUCAUUAAUGUGUUUUUGUCACAUGUUGUGCUGAAACUGGCACAUCUUGUUAGUAGUGGGAGAUCUGUACUGAAUGGAUGUUGUGUAUUUGCCAGAAAUCAAAUGUGGGACACUUUAAAGACACAUGCCCAAUGGAAAUUAUCUACUGGCCUUUCACUAAACCCCUUCCCCCAACUGUUUAGCCAUAACUUAGUAACUGUAACUAGGCAUGUCAGCAUGCCUGUAAAGCUUUGGAUUUCUCCAUAUGUUGACGCAUUGUGCAUGAUCUUACAGAUGAGCAGUGAAUAUCUCAAGAGGUCAGAGGGUGAUGUCUUAUUUAAAAACCUAAAACUCAAGAGUAAACAUGAUUUAACACAUUGGAAUUUGUCUUUAUAUGCUCCAAUCUAAGCUGCACAUGUUAGCAUGGCUGGCUAACUGGCUUACUUUGCUAGAUUUUUUUUGCAGGGUCACACCUGUUCAGCACAACCGUGUUCACUCUUUGAGAGUCAGGAUGCUGUUAUAUCAGAUGAUCACAACUCAGUCGUGCUUUUGGGGACAGUCAGGGAACUCCAACCACACUUGAGAUCGAUGCUGCUACACUUGCCAAAAUGAUCCUUGUCUUCAAAUCCUUUUCUCUUGUAACAGUAUUCUUUGAAAAUCUGAACAGUUCUCGUAAAUUAGGUUGCAUGUCCAAGUGUGUUUUUCUACAAGCCUCCAAGCAAUUCAGCUGUUUUGUUGGAAAAAAUAGCAAGCAAAUUUUGAAAUUUAGGAAUGACUAGCUCUAAAGACAACACUAAAUGAUGCUCCUUUGAACAUGUUUUGUUCAUGCAUUCAUAACGAAGCAGUUCAAUAGCUAUGCUUCCAUGUUUCCAUAAUGUAUUUCUAUGCAUAUUUUUGGAUUACUGCAUUAGAAACAGUUAAUGACAAAAUGAAAAAAUAAACAAAAAUUUCAUUUGAUGCUCACUUGAAAAUUGUUUUUUUACUUUUUUGAAAAAGACUUAAAAGCUCAUAAGAGGUGGUGAGAACAUCUUUUUUUAAAAAAGUUCAGAUGUAGCAAACAUUUAGCUCACAUAACUGGUUUGCUUGAUUUUGUUUUGUUUUGUUUGCCUACUGAAUUUGUAGUAGGAUCAUGUGAUCAUCAGUAGGCAACUGACGUAGUAUUCACUUGUCAUAGUUAUAGUGAGGCCGUGCCAGUAUUUUGCAAUACAGAAAUUUUUAACAAAGAAUCCAGACUAUACUCUGAAUCACUGCCAAAAUAUAAUUAUUUGAUCCUUGUGUCAUUUCUGACCUUUCCUGAAAAUUUCCACCAAAUCCAUUUGUCCAUUUUUGAGUAAUGUUGCUAACAGACAGACAAACAGAUGGACAAACUUACGCUGAUCGUCACAUAUCUCCACCGCUUUCCUUGGCAGAGUAAUUAAAGCUGACAUGAAAGAAUAAUUACAACUUUCCCAACUGAAAACAAUUUCUGAGGACUUCUGUCCAUUUUUUUCCAUGCAGAUGGACAUAGUUUUGUUUCUUUUUCAUCUCAGACUUUUUUCCUUGCAGUCUGUAAACAACUACUUCUGCCUUUUCCACUCUGUUCUUUAUUACAUCCAUGUGUAAUGUAGCACUGGUCACCACCUCUGAAAACACGCAACAGAGUUCACUUGCUGCAAAGCACUUAAUGGAAACAAGCCUAAUUUGCAUUUUCUCUUUACAUAUUCGAGCAUUUAAAAGUUAGCUUCACAUUUGUUUGAAAAUUACAUGGAAACACGGCUAAUGAUAAAAAAAAUACCUCCGUUUGUGAUGCUAAAUAUGUUAUUGUUAGUACUACAAAAUGCAGUGAAAGAAUGGAAAGCUUCACAAGUUUAGCAACAAUAAUGAAAGAGGACGGGGCUUAGUGAAACAGUCAAUAUAAAUCCCAGUCUAGAUACAGUCCUAAAGUAGCCUAGCCGCGCUAGACCCAAGCUCUGAAGACACAAGGGUCUAGGCACGCUCGACAGGGAGGGAGGCGGGCUAAAAGGUUGUCUAUCAAAUCACUCUGCAGCAAUUGGGUAGGUAUACAAACAAUCAGCGCAACGAAUAGGCUCCUAGAGCGCAGGAAAUCAGAGGAUGCGGUAGUUCGGUGAAGCCUUAUUUAUACAGUCAAUGGGUGAAGUUCAAGUGUAUUACAGACAUGUUAACAGAAAGAUUAUUCAGAGUCGGUGCUAAUGGAGCUCAACGACUGUUGUCGUUUUUGUUGUCGACCCUGGCAGAGAAUUAAAUUCGUUGCCGUGGGUUGUCUAGCAUGGCUAGGCUAGUUGUUUCUGGUUGUUUCUGUCAGAAUCGUAGCGCCUCUGUCGUCACUUAGUUACGCCCGCCUUCUGACUCUACACUUCAUGGUGAUUCAUCCGGCCAGUUUUAGGAGAAUCCAACCUCGAGCCUUAUGGAGGGUAACUAGACUCACCCUGGCAGAGAAUUAAAUUCGUUGCCGUGGGUUGUCUAGCACGGCUAGGCUAGUCCUAAAGGGGAAUUCCACUGAAUUUCAUAUAGUGAAGUCUUCUAUUUCUACUUCUUAGUUUUGUCACAAUUUAUAAACAUGCUCAUAGCCAGAUGGAAGCUGUCCACAGGUAUACAUUCUCAUGGAGUGAAUGGAGGGGGACAUUUAGGAACUCAGCUCCCAAUAAGUAUAACGGUUCCAGUUGUUGACAGUAGAAGAGCAGAUUCCCAACAAAUUCCACUGUUCAAAACUGCCAGAGUAGCUAAAACAGAUUUGGUUGAGAGGUUUUCCCCUUGAACAACUGGGAAACUGCUUUCAUAACUGUCACCGUAGGACACAGAACAGAAGAGAGUUUUUAUACAUAUCAUUAUCAUUUCGACUACUGUGUAGUUACUGUAUAUUAACAGAUUAUUAUGUUAGCUUAGUCGUUAGCUUGAAGCAUAUGUUAGCAUGACAGUUUCCUUUUCUCUUUCUCAUUUUAUUAACUAGCGAAUAUUCAGCACAUUAGAGCAUGCACUGUUAAGUUACCUGCAGUAUAAAGUUCAGAUUCAUGUCUAUUUUUCUAUUACACCUUUCAGAAUGAAGCUUUUAUUUACACUGUCAGUCCCCAAAAAUAGUUUUGUUUUGUUUUUUUUUUUUUUUUCUGGCACUGCGCACCCUGGGAAGCAGAGACAGUGGUGGCUGUUUGUCUUGAUAUUGCUUAAAAUACCAAAAUCCAUGUUAUGUUUUGUCAGAUAAAUGUCAGAAUGGCUCAAAUCGAAAUGAAAUGACUGAAGAGAGUGUGACGAUGUUGCUGCCUCUGAAUGCAUUUCCAAAUGUCAAACAGACACUGUCAAACAGACCGUAUGUGUAGCUGUAUAUUGAUGUUUGGAUAAAAAAAUGAAUAAAAUCCUUUUUUUCUGUC